AGAGCGGCGGCCUGACAGGGUUUAAAGACAGCUGCAGGCAGGAGAGGACCAGAGACUCGGAAGGAGGAUGCUACUGGGGCAAGUGCCAGCCAUGGAUGGGCUGGGGAGUGUGACUGCCCGUGAACUGGACACCUGGAUCGCCAGUACCCUGGAGCCCAGCACCACUUUCCGCACACAGGUGAAGCAGACAGUGAAGCAGAUCUGCGAUUUCUUCAAGGAGCAGUGCUUCGAGGACAUCCGCGUCCACAAGACUGUCAAGGGUGGCUCAGCAGGCAAGGGCACAGCCCUGAAGAACAACUCUGACGCCGAUGUGGUGCUCUUCCUCAGCUGCUUCUCCAGCUACCAGGAGCAGCUGCACAGGCGAGCCGAAAUCCUCACCCUCAUCGAGGAGAGGCUCGAAUGCUGCAGACAGACACUGACGUUCACUGUGGACAUCAGCAAGCCCCAGCGCAAGGGCCCCCCUGACUCACCCCCACGCUCCCUCAGCCUCACUCUCUCGUCCAAGUUGUACCCGGAGUCAAUUGAAGUAGACGUCCUGCCUGCCUAUGAUGCCUUGGGGCAGGUGACCAACGAUGCCAAGCCGGCUGAUGAUGUGUACAUUAGGCUCCUGAAUGCACACAGUGGCCCUGGCGAAUUCUCCCCCUGCUUCACUGAACUGCAGAAGAAGUUUGUGAAGCGUUGCCCUGCCAAGCUCAAGAACCUACUGCGCCUAGUCAAGUACUGGUACAAGGAGGUCCUGAAGCCACGGUACCCCAACACACAACUGCCCCCCAAGUACGCCCUGGAACUGCUGACCAUCUAUGCAUGGGAGCAGGGCACGGAUGCCAGCGAGGGCUUCGACAUGGCUGUGGGCUUCCGCACGGUGCUGCAGCUGCUGCACCGGCACCAGGAGAUCAUCAUCUACUGGGAAAAGUAUUACUCUCUCCAGGACAGCCAGGUGGGCACCCAUGUGAAGAAACUGCUGCUCAGCUCACGACCCGUGAUCCUGGACCCCGCUGACCCGACGGGAAUCCUGGGCAAAGGCAAGAAUUGGGAGGUAGUGGCAAAUGAAGCUGCCCGUUGCUGUUGUCUUCUGCCUUGUGUCGCCUCUGUCCAGCCCUGGGAUGUGCAGCCGGCCCGGCCUGUGACAGUGGAGAUAAGGGCGCUGACAGGCAAGAGUCUGACCAGGACUGUUAGCCUGGACACCACCAUCUUGAACCUGAAGGAAGAGAUUGCGCAGCAGUGGAGCAUCCCUCCAUACCAGCAGCGCCUGGGCCAGCAGAAGCCAGGCCAGGCUCUCUGCAUCCUGCAGGACAGCAAAACCCUGGCCACCUGUGAAAUCUUCUGCAGCACCACACUGAUGCUGCUGCACACUGAGACCCAGGAGAUGCAGGUCCUGGUGAAGGAUGACAAGAACUGCACAACCACCUACACGGUGCGGCCCACUGACACUGUCCGGCAACUCAAGGAACAGAUCUGCACCCUGCGGGGCGUUUCCGCAGACCAGCAGCGCCUGACGUUUGGCUCCAGGGAGCUGGAGGAUCGACACACACUGGGGCACUAUGGCAUUCAGAGCAAGAGCGUCAUCUACCUGCUCCUGCGUCUUCGCGGGGGCGCAGGCCCCCGGCGCCCCCCCUUUCCUGCUCCCUUGCGCUCCUGAGCAUUGCCUGGGCACCAGCCCACACUGCUGUAUCCAUGCACCACCUAUCAUGCCGGAAAUAAAUGACUUGGAAAGCCUU